ACAAGAGAUUGUUACUUAGCAGUCCACUCCUCCACUCCGCACCCUGGACAAGCAAAGCGCAACACACCCACAAGCUUUUAUGAGAAGAAAGAAAACAGCCCGUAUCCUACUUCUUAUUCUGUGAAAAUAACAGCAUUUAUCAUGGAAAAACUUGAUGCCUUCGUCAAACAGAUUAUUUCUUAGAAUAGGUGAGGCUUGUUGAAAAUGGAAUCCUCGUGCAAGUCUAUUAGAUAUCCCGAUGAGAGACGAAGUAGAAAGUUUGUUGAGCUCCAUGUGCUGUUUGUACCAAAUGAACAGUGGAACUUAAAACUGAAUAGAGUGCCGGUUGAAGCCAUAAAGAGCUUCAUAUCUGCUGGAUUCAUCAGGGUGUAUCCUGAUAUAUCUCUCAGAACUCUCAGGAGUGAGCUUGGCAUUCUCCUCGGAGCUGAGAGAGAUAUUGACAAGCUUUCCUUUUUAAAAUGUGUGGGCCGAAGCUUGGCAUUGGUCAAAGCCAAACAAGAAAGCGAUUUGAAAGUGAAGUAUUUUGCCCCUCCAUAUGCCCCUCAGCCAGAGCUGUACCUGUUGCCCAGGGUGGAGAGUGACAACAGUGUCUGUUCACAGUCCCUCACCCCCAACACCCACUCCACAGACCCCCAGAUUUACUACACUGCCAGAGUGCAAGGAAUGCCAACAGGGACAAAAGAGCCUUUUAAAUUCCCUCAGAUCCCCCAGGGUCUCCAGCCACAGCCCCCUUCCUCCCCCAGCCCCGAUGAGGAGGUGAAGGAAGAGGAGAGCUAUUGCUCUACAGAGGAGAACGAGGAGGACCUUCUCUCCUCUCAGCAGUCUAGGUGCGCUGAGGAUGACCUCCUCCUGUGGAAGGCCCAAGCCCAGGGGCCACCCCAGUGUGUCAUAGAGGCUAAAGAAUCAGUUGUGGGGAAGGUGGCACCUGCUAAGAAGAAACAGCGUUUCAAGAGAAACCGAGCCAGCGACUCGGGGGUUCCAGAGUCACUGGAAGAUCAGGAUUCUGUGUUUUCUCACACCCCACACAGGUUUAGGAAAUCUAAAGAUGCACAGACACUGAAGUAUAUCAGGAAUAAACAAAAUGAGGUAUCUGAACACCCAGUAACUAUGCCUACACAGUACGCCUCUCCACACCCCGCCCCAACCCCGGGCACUCGUAAAACGGCUGCCUCGGUCUUCCUAUCAAGUAGAGAUGAACUGAUAGAGGAAAUUAAGAUGGCAAAAGAGGAGAGAAAGCAACUAGAACAGACAAGACAAGAGUUACUGAGAAAAGGAAAAGACUUGCUGGCCCAGAACAGACACCGUCGAAAUCAAGCUCGUGAUAGUUGGAAGAGGAGUUAUUUUGAUACCAAGAAGGCCACAGCCCCUUUGGAGGUCACACUGAGAAGUCUUCGUCAAGAGCUGGAGAUAUUCUACAAUAACAUCCUACACCAGCUAAAGGCGAGGGAUGGAGGAAGAAAGCCCAGAUUGCGGGCAAGAUUGUCGAGCACCAAAGAAUCUUCAAGUAUGACAAUUGGGUACUCUUUCCACCAUGUUCAGAAUGAGCUCAUUAUCCAGAUAAUGACAGAGAGCCAUGAGAUUGACAACCUAAGGAGGAAGGUGGAUGAUGCCAAGAUGAGGCUCAUCACAGAGAUCAAGCUCGGGAAGCAGGCUGCCACAGAGCUGAGAGCCUUGAAGGCUGAGCUGGCCCAGAAGAAUACCCAGACAUUUCUCUCUGGCUCCAUGGGCUCUGGAGCAGGAGCAAGGGACAGACCACAGGCUCAAAGCAUCCCUAACUGAGCCACUUCUACCAGUACCACCGUGGCCUUAUUCCAGAAGACAAUGUUUGCUUUCCGCUUAUUCCAAAUGAUAUAUUUUAGAAAAGGUCACAUUUAAAUUGUUAUGUCUAUUUGCAAUGCAUAUCAAGUGAAAGCCAUGACUUCACAGUUUAGCAAACAACAAUUGUUCGUAUUAAAUUGUCGUGUUCCUGUUGCAGCAAGAACAAUCUCUCAUUUGAUCAUUUACCUGCGUUUGAUACUACCAUCUUAAAAUCUUAAGUAUGAAAACAAAUAUUUGUACAGUAUCUGCCAUGACUAAGAGAUUUCGUAACUGUUUCAAGAUGGAAUUUUCUUCAAAGUCACAGCGGUUUUAAGAUUGACUUUCUGAAGCGUAAACAUUUACAUAUUUUAAUCUCUUAUUGAAAGUGACUGCAUUCACCUAAAGUAGGUAAAACAACCACAUAUCCCAAUCAUUGCAAGCAAAACAACAAUCUGUAGGGUGACAGCGUAGCCUAGUGGUUAGAGCGUUGGACUAGUAACCAGAAGGUUGCAAGUUCAAACACCCGAGCUGACAAGGUACAAAUCUGUCAUUCUGCCAC